UCUAUUAAUGAAUUCGCCUUACUUCUAAGUGUGUUUACAAUUCCUUAUAACAAUUUUGCAAAUACCUGAGUUUAAAUAUGUUGCGUUUUCCUCUUUUAACGCAAAUUUAUCGGUGCAGAAGUCGUUUCACAGAGAUUUUGCUGCAAAACAAUCCUUUAGUGAUCACAGGCUCUGCUACUCCAGCAAUAGGUUUGAAGAAUUGGACACAGAGCGGGCAUAAAUAUAGUACAACUCGAGCAGAUGUGGUCAACAACCAACAUGAGGGAUCCGAUGGCAACAUAUUGAAACGGGUCCUUAAUAAAGUGGGAUUUGCACCGAAUACAAAAACCCGUCUGAGAGUGUCAAGUCAUAUGUUGUAUGAAAGCGUGGCUGACAAAAUCAAUUAUUUAAGUUUCUUUAAAGCUUUCGAUAUGCCGAACACUUUUAACUCCUGGUUCCUAGUAACUGAACUACACGUGUGGAUGCUAAUGGUUCGAGCUAUGGCUGAGGGAUCUGAAUCUGGUGAAAACGGCCGCUUUCUUCGAAACUGCAUUGUGGAGGUGAUGUGGAGCGACGUAAAUGCACGUGCCAAAAAGCUCGAAACUCAUAAUCCGUCAAAAACACGGCAGCAAAUUGAGAUUCUUUCAGAGCAGUUUCAGGCAGCACUAAUUGCAUACGAUGAAGGAAUUAUGUCCGACGAUCGUGUAUUAGCGGGAGCCUUAUGGCGCCGCUUCUUCGCUAUGAAUUGUGACGACAUUAUAAAAAUUGAACGUUUGGUGAAGUAUGUACGAGAACAAGUAGUUCUAUUAGACCAACUACAACGCGAGAACUUUCUAAAAAAACCAAAAAUAAUUUGGUCAAACUUAGACAAGAUAACGGUUUAGGUGCUUGUGUGAUAAGAAAUUUAUAGACACUUCAUAAAAUACAUGAACAUAUUUUUAUUUCUAGUU